AACAAGUAACACCUGCUUCUCGUUGCAGUGAUUGGCGUGGGGAAUCGGCAUUUAAGCCGCCCGCGAACCGGCAGAGACCGAGAGAGCUGAGGACUCGUGGGCGGAAGCAGCAGACGUGCGGGAGAGACCGUAACCCAGAUUAGUGUUCAGUGAACGUGAUUGAUGCGCAUGUGGCGCGAGUUUUGUUUUCUUUUUGAACUAAUAAAUACUCCCACGAGCCUCAGAACGCCGACUCCGUCCUCCUUCCUUCUCAGCUGAUCCUGAGCUUAAUAUUUCUACACUGGUGCCGAAACCCGGGAGGGAAGGAGAAUCACCCCGCCAUGCAGACUCCGGCAGGAACAUCGGGAUCGCCAUUUGCGGAGAUCAUCACGUCGCUCGCGGGCCUGCACCAAGAACACCACCAGGCCCUGCUGGACUUGCGGGCCGACCACGAUCGCCGUUUCCAGGCGAUGAUGCAGGCCCAGCAGGAGGACCGCGAGCUGUUCCGGAGCUUGCUGGACCGGGAGGUUCGGACGCGGCCGGCAAGCCCCAGUGCCGGCCCCGCUGCCCACAUGCCUCUCACGAAGAUGGCGCCAACCGACGAUCCGGAGGCGUUCCUGGACUUGUUUGAGAGGACGGCCGAGGCAUGUGGGUGGCCAUCAGACAGCUGGCCGGUCCGGCUGAUCCCACUGCUGUCAGGAGAGGCCCAGAAGGCGGCCCAACAACUGCCCGUCCCGAACCUCCUGGUGUAUGCCGACCUGAAAAGAGCUGUUCUCCAAAGGGUCGGCCUCAGCCCCGAGCAGCAUCGUCAGCGCUUCCGGUCGCUGGACCUGGCCGAAGCGGGCCGGCCCUUUGUCCUGGCCCAGCAGCUCCGGGACUCAUGCCGCAAAUGGCUGUUGGCCGGAGGAAGCGACGCCGAGAGUAUCAUCAACACGGUGGUACUGGAGCAGUUCGUCUCCCGUCUCCCGAAAAAGACUGCUCAGUGGGUCCAGAGCCACCGGCCGGCGUCGCUGGAUCUGGCCAUCCAACUGGCGUAGGACCAGCUGGCGGCUUGUUCCGGGGUCGGCGAACCCCUUCCAGCUAUCUCUCUCUCUCUCUCUUCCCCUACAUCUCUCUCUUCCCCUACCCCAAAGUCUGUUCCUUCUCCUAGGACCCGAGUCGGGGGGCCACCGAGGGCCGCGCCGCGUUGGAGGACGGGGACGGAACUGGCGGCCGGGUCGAGGGGCCCUGCCAGGGGGGCGGGGCCGGCACGCUGGGAGGGGGGCGAGGAGGCUCCUGUCACUUCCCCACGCCAAUCACCUGAGCCACUUCCGGCCACUAGGGCGGCGGGGAGGCCUGGGCCAGCCUGCUGGCGUUGCGGGGAUCCGGGCCAUUUUGUGGAUAGGUGCCCGGUCAUGGAGGUGGGGACGUUGGUCCGGAUCCCGGAUGACCCGCAGGCUGCCCCCGAUCAAGCUGGGUUGUACCAAAUACCUUGAUUGGCGUGGGGAAUCGGCAUUUAAGCCGCCCGCGAACCGGCAGAGACCGAGAGAGCUGAGGACUCGUGGGCGGAAGCAGCAGACGUGCGGGAGAGACCGUAACCCAGAUUAGUGUUCAGUGAACGUGAUUGAUGCGCAUGUGGCGCGAGUUUUGUUUUCUUUUUGAACUAAUAAAUACUCCCACGAGCCUCAGAACGCCGACUCCGUCCUCCUUCCUUCUCAGCUGAUCCUGAGCUUAAU